GCAGACUAGCUAGCAGUAACAAGAACGAGAUUUAGAGAGAGAGAGAGUGGGGCUUUCGGAGGAGAGAUUUCUCUUCUUUUCUCUCUUUCAAACUCUUCAAUUCCAAAAAUUCUAUAGAUCACAACCGACAUAUCAUUGUUGGUGGCACGAUAUUCAAGUUCAUCUCCUUGUAUUCCAGUACUGAAGAAGUAAGCACCACCAGGACCUAGUUGGAAAAGAAAAACACUUGGUUUCAUCUCUUCACAUAUUUCUCAAAGAACCAAGCAAACAUGUUUGGUGAUUGCCAAGUUAUGUCAAGCAUGGGAGGGAGUGUAGUCUCUUCUGAUAACCUCUACUCAUCGCCGAUCGGAAACCCUAACUUCAGCUUCAUGUCAAGCAUGCCCUUCCACACUUUCUCUCCCGUCAUCCCUAAAGAAGAAAAUGGGCUAGUCAUGCGAGGGAAGGAGGAAAUGGAAAGUGGUUCUGGCAGUGAACAACUUGAAGACAGGUCAGGGAACGAGCAAGAAAGCAGUGAGCAGCCUCCAAAGAAGAAACGUUACCAUAGGCACACUGCAGCUCAGAUCCAAGAAAUGGAAGCCAUGUUUAAAGAAUGUCCACACCCAGAUGACAAACAAAGAAUGAGACUUAGCCAAGAACUUGGUCUAAAACCACGCCAAGUUAAGUUUUGGUCCCAAACCCGCCGUACACAAAUGAAGGCACAGCAAGACCGGUCGGAUAAUCUUAUACUCAGGGCAGAAAAUGAGAGCUUGAAGAAUGAUAAUUACAGGCUACAAGCGGAGUUACGCAAUCUUAUUUGCCCCAAUUGUGGGGGCCAAGCCAUGCUUGGAGCAAUUCCUUUUGAGGAACUUCGACUUGAAAAUGCAAGACUUAGAGAUGAGUUGGAGCGUGUUUGCUGUAUUACUUCACGGUAUGGCGGCCGGCAAAUCCACUCAAUGGUACCGGUUCCUUCAUUCGUUCCCCCUUCCUUGGAUUUGGAUAUGAACAUGUAUUCAAGGCCGUUUCCAGAGUAUUUGGGCACUUGCACCGAUAUGAUGCCGAUGCCUGUGCCUUUGCUGGAAGAACCAUCUUCAUUUCCUGAGGCUGGUGUGGUAUUAAUGGAGGAGGGAAAAGGUCUUGCGAUGGAACUUGCAUUGUCGUCCAUGGAUGAACUUGUGAAGAUGUGUCAUGCAAAUGAGCCUCUUUGGAUCAGAAACAUUGAAAAUGGGAAGGAAGUGCUUAAUCUUGAAGAGCACGGGAGAAUGUUUCCAUGGCCUUCCAAUCUCAAGCAGAAUUCAAGUGAGACGAGGACUGAAGCUACUCGUGAUUGUGCUGUGGUUAUAAUGAAUAGCGUAACCUUGGUUGACGCUUUCCUGGAUGCUAAUAAAUGGAUGGAGCUGUUUCCCUCCAUUGUUGCUAGAGCAAAAACUGUUCAAGUUAUAACUCCAGGCAUUUCCGGUGCAAGUGGUUGUCUUCACCUGAUGUAUGCUGAAUUGCAAGUUCUUUCCCCAUUGGUGCCAACUCGGGAGACGUAUUUUCUUCGCUUUUGCCAUCAAAAUGUAGAGGAGGGCACUUGGGCCAUUGUCGAUUUCCCCCUUGAUAGACUCCACGACAACAUCCAGCCGUCCUUUCCCCUUUAUAAGAGACAUCCGUCCGGUUGUGUUAUUCAAGACAUGCCCAAUGGGUACUCAAGGGUGACAUGGAUAGAACAUGCAGAGAUAGAGGAGAAGCCUGUCCAUCAGAUAUUUAGCCAGUAUGUCUAUAGUGGGAUGGCAUUUGGAGCACAUCGCUGGUUAACAGUCUUACAGAGACAAUGCGAGAGGGUUGCUAGUCUCAUGGCUAGAAAUAUCUCUGACCUAGGAGUAAUACCCUCUCCUGAAGCGCGGAAGAAUAUGAUGAGACUGGCUCAAAGAAUGAUCAGAAUAUUUAGCCUGAAUAUCAGCUCUUCUAGUGGCCAAUCAUGGACCGGUUUAUCGGAUUCAUAUGAUGACACUGUUAGAAUUACCACGAGGAAAAUCACUGAGCCUGGGCAGCCUAAUGGGGUCAUUCUCUCUGCAGUAUCCACAACUUGGCUGCCCUAUCCUCACUACCAAGUCUUUGAUCUCUUGAGGGAUGAACAUCGCAGAUCUCAGCUGGAAGUUCUUUCCAAUGGGAAUGCCUUGCAUGAGGUUGCUCACAUUGCCAAUGGCUCUCAUCCAGGAAACUGCAUUUCUCUUCUUCGCAUCAACGUUGCAAGCAACUCAUCACAGCAUGUAGAGCUCAUGCUACAAGAAUGUUGCACUGAUCAAUCCGGCAGCCUUGUUGUCUACACCACCGUUGAUGUUGAGUCAAUUCAGCUUGCAAUGAGUGGCGAGGAUCCAUCCUGCAUUCCUCUACUUCCACUAGGUUUUGUCAUAGUUCCAGUAGAAUCCAGCAGUGCUGUCAGUGAAGGCAACUCAAUGCCAUCUAAUUCCGAGGAUGGAAACGGUCAUAACAACUCCGGCUGUCUACUCACUGUGGGGCUCCAAGUCCUUGCAAGCACUAUUCCAUCUGCAAAGCUCAACCUCUCAAGCGUUACUGCAAUAAACAACCAUCUGUGCAACACAGUGAACCAAAUCACCGCUGCUCUUAGCAGCAGCAGCACCACCACCAUCACCACCACUAGCAGCUGCCUUGACAAUGGCAAUGCUGUAGGCUCUUGCAAUAUCGAGCCCACAGCUGCCCUGAAACAAGUUUAGAGUCUUUGCCGCGCAACUUACCUCAAGUCUGCCCGCCUCUAUCCCUCUCGCAGAGAAACCCCUGGCUUACACCAAGGGCAAUCUGGUAGUUCCAGCACUUGACAUCUGGGACCAAGGGAUCUGUUUUGCCAAUCCCUUUCUAUUGGUGUUGGCUUUCAUUAAAGAGAGGGGAGACUUUAGGUAAUUAGCAGGAGUGCAAAGGGUAGGAUUGCAAAUAAGUUACCGUUACUGUAAUAGUAGUAGCAGCCGUGGUAAUUUGGUAAAUAAAGACUGCAGUGGAGAUAAUUGAGUGAAAUGUGAGAGUGCAUGGGGGUGUAAGAAGGAAAAAAACCAGUAGUAGUAUAUGAUAUGUGUGACUAAAAUAGAGGGAGUCAAGAGCGCACCACGACGUGACCCUUGCUUUGUGGUGAGACCUUUCUUUGCAUGAGUACUGUCAUGAAGACGAGGCCUCACCGGAUAGCAAGGGUGGUGGUUCGGGUAUUGACUUCUGCUUGUCGGUCUUAAUUUUAUGUUGUUUCAAUUUAAUGCCACUAAAUGGAGUUUUUAUUUUUAAAUUACUAGUUGUUCGCAAUUAUCCAUUU